GGCAGAGCAGGCCUCACCUCGUCCCCGUCCCCCUCGCUCUCCGCCGGGCUCGCCCCCCCUGCUGCCAACCCCCUCAGAGCCACUAGCAGUGCCAUGCAGGCCAACGGGGCAGGAGGGGGUCAGCAGCAACAGCCGCCGCCGUCGUCACCGUCACCGCAGGGUCCGGAGCUAGGCUGCCUCAGCGCCCAAAACGGCGAGGCCUCCUCAGGCUCCACCGCCGGCGAGCAAUUGGCUCACGCCAACGGGCUGCUCCCGUCGGCCAACAACAACGGCGGCGGGGGUGGUGGUGGUGGCGGCGGCGGCCCCGGCCCGAGUGUCAACAACGGGGUCUCGGCCCCCGGGGGGUCCUCCGCCGACAUGGGGGGAGGCAGCGGCGUCGGAGUCGGCGGCAGCGCCUUGAAGAAGAAGAAGCGGCUCUCGCAGUCCGAUGAGGACGUGAUUCGGCUCAUCGGGCAGCACCUCCACGGGCUGGGCCUCAACCAGACUGUUGAUCUUCUCAUGCAAGAGUCAGGGUGUCGUUUAGAACAUCCUUCUGCUACCAAGUUCCGCAAUCAUGUCAUGGAGGGAGAAUGGGAUAAGGCGGAGAACGACCUUAAUGAACUUAAACCUUUGGUACAUUCUCCUCAUGCAAUUGUGAGGAUGAAGUUUUUGCUGCUGCAGCAAAAGUAUCUGGAGUAUCUGGAGGAUGGUAAGGUUCUGGAGGCACUUCAAGUUCUGCGUUGUGAGUUGACACCACUGAAAUACAACACAGAACGAAUUCACAUUCUCAGUGGAUAUCUGAUGUGUAGUCAUGCAGAAGAUCUGCGCGCAAAAGCGGAAUGGGAAGGGAAAGGAACAACUUCGAGAUCUAAACUUUUGGACAAGCUCCAGACUUACCUACCACCAUCAGUGAUGCUCCCUCCAAGGCGUCUGCAGAAUUUACUGCGCCAGGCUGUAGAGCUACAACGGGACCGGUGCCUCUAUCACAACACCAAACUAGAUAAUAAUCUAGAUUCUGUAUCGCUGCUCAUAGACCAUGUUUGCAGUAGGAAACAGUUCCCAUGUUACACACAGCAGAUACUUACAGAACAUUGUAAUGAAGUGUGGUUCUGCAAAUUUUCCAAUGAUGGCACUAAACUAGCAACAGGAUCCAAGGAUACAACUGUUAUUAUAUGGCAGGUUGAUCCAGAUACACACCAGCUAAAACUGCUCAAGACACUGGAAGGCCAUGCAUAUGGCGUUUCCUACAUUGCUUGGAGUCCAGAUGAUAACUACCUUGUUGCUUGUGGCCCAGAUGACUGCUCUGAACUUUGGCUCUGGAAUGUACAGACAGGGGAGCUGAGGACAAAGAUGAGCCAGUCUCAUGAAGAUAGUUUAACAAGUGUGGCCUGGAAUCCAGAUGGGAAACGUUUUGUGACAGGAGGACAGCGUGGACAAUUCUACCAGUGUGACUUAGAUGGUAAUCUCCUUGACUCCUGGGAAGGAGUGAGAGUUCAAUGUCUGUGGUGCUUGAGUGAUGGAAAAACUGUUCUGGCAUCAGAUACACACCAGCGAAUUCGGGGCUAUAACUUUGAGGACCUUACAGACAGGAACAUAGUCCAAGAAGAUCAUCCAAUUAUGUCUUUUACUAUUUCAAAAAAUGGCCGGUUAGCUUUGUUAAACGUAGCAACUCAGGGAGUUCAUUUAUGGGAUUUGCAAGAUAGAGUUUUAGUGAGAAAGUACCAAGGUGUUACACAAGGGUUUUACACGAUUCACUCAUGUUUCGGAGGCCAUAAUGAAGACUUCAUCGCUAGUGGCAGUGAAGAUCACAAAGUAUAUAUUUGGCACAAACGUAGCGAGCUGCCAAUUGCGGAGCUGACGGGGCACACACGUACUGUCAACUGUGUGAGCUGGAACCCGCAGAUUCCAUCCAUGAUGGCCAGCGCCUCCGAUGAUGGCACUGUUAGAAUAUGGGGACCAGCACCUUUUGUAGACAACCAGGAUAUUGAAGAGGAAUGCAGUAGCAUGGAUAGUUGAUGGUGAAUUUGGAGCAGACGACUUCUGUUUAACUUAAAUUUAGUCGUAUUUUAAAUGGCUUGGGAUUUGGUGCAAACAAACAUGAUUGAUAGCUGGACAGACAUGCUCGUCAUGAAAACAAGAACCAUUUCUGAAGCCCAACUGGGGCCAAACAUUUUACCACCUUGCUUCAUAGUAAACAGUUGAGAUGAAGCACGUCGUUAGAACGUUGUUGGACACCAUGUUGAAGUAAAAAACCCCAUCGGUUGUGAAGAACUGUGCUACAUUCAGGCUAACCAUUGAACUCCGUAUAUACAUUUUUCCCUUCUGCCAUUUUGUCAGGCAGACUACUGUUAUUGUUGCUCUUCUGUGUAAUGAAGUUUAAAUGCUUGUUUGGAAAUUCUUUUAUUUAACAGUUUAGAAGGCUUGAUAGAAAGAGUGCUUUAGUCUGAAGAGUACAUGUUGGAUAGGAAAGUAUUUCCUUCUCUUGUUUCUCUGAGUCUCUCCGCCUUAUUUAGCUUUGGAUCUUUGCAGCUUGGUUCAUGGAUUCUAGCCUUGCUCGUCGCGCAAUAUAUUUAAACCCAGAUGUUAAACCAGUGAAUGACAUGAAAAGCACUCAGUAUCACAUUUGACAAAAGAUUUUGUACUUUUCACACAGCUUGUUGCCCUGCAAGGGGGUUAACAGCACAAUUUUUAAAAGAUAAAUUAUUUAUAGCAUUAAAAUGAUUUCAUUUGUAUACGUUUGGAAUUUAAACCAGCUUAAAAAGUGUCAUCUACAAGAGAAUGCAGUAUAACCUCUGGAGUGCUGUGUAAGACAAUUUGGCUGACAGGAGUUUUACACAGACUAUUUAAAGUAUUAUUUUAAGGAAGAAACUUUGUUUACCGACAAAAUGAUUUGAGAGCUUUCAGAAACGCCAGCUAAACAAUUACAAUGUAAUUUAUGUUAAUAAAUGAAAAUUCCAAAUUGGCCUUAACUUGUGCAAUGGUUCUCAUUUGAAACAUAAGAUCAAAAAUGAGGGUACUACUUGUAGCAUUAUCUUCAAAAAUCAGUGAGUUGGCUGUAUCUUGUGAAUUUACUAUGUACAUUGUACAAACUUUCCAUAUCACACUUUUCCCCAGAACCAUUUUCUGAGGUGGUGCUGUCAAUUGCCUAGCAUUAGAAAUUUACCAUUUAACUUUCUGUGUGCAAAAGACAUGUAAUAAAAUUCUUAGAAAAGAAGCCUGAUAUUUGCCCAUUCAGCAGAAUUUCUCCCUUCUAGAUAAAAGGUGGAAGUGCACUUAAGUCCAUCCUUAAGUGUAAAAUGAACAGAAAAUAAUGAAAGAAUAAAUGAAUCCUUUUGACUCCAGCUUAAGUAGAUUCCAGAAAUGAAAAAAGUCUCUGACUUCUUGAGGAGAAAGACCCACAUAUAGAAGGAAAAUUACCUUUCUUGUGCAUGUUUUGUUUUUAAAUGCACAGAUUAUAUAGUGAGGAAUCCCUUCAUCCCUUCACUUGCUACUUUUUUCUUUUAGUAUUAUGAUCAGAGGCUGCUGACUGAAUUUCUUCAAAUACUGCCAAAGUAGAAAAAAAUGGUAUUCCAUGCACAUCAUGUAGUUGCUUAGUUUUCCUGGACACAGAACACCAUUUUCAUAAUCCAGAUAGAUAUAUAUGCAUUCAUAGAUGAGGUUUAUGAAUAAAUCUUUAAUAACAGGCUUUUCUGCCAUAUCCUCUAAUGUAUUUGGGAAUAAUUUCAUCCAUACUUCAGCUCAUCUCAUUUGUUUAUUUUUUAUAAUUUUACUUUAUAUUUGUUUUAGCUGAUCAUUCACACACAUUCAGCUCAUGACUUACACUUAUUAGAAGACUUAAUGGUUUUCUUUAUGGCAAUAUAACAUUUUACCUUUGCAGAUACUCCCAUUCUGUAUCUCAAAAGACUUUAAAGCUGGAUUACUUGACAUGCUUCUGGUACUGGUUGCUAACUCAAAACUAUGUUAGGAGAUUGGAAUGGAAGCCAGGAGCAGACAAUCAGAUAUGUACCAGCGUAAUUUACACUACCUGUUUUCUGCUUGCUACUAAAUUUGGUAUUAGCAUAGAACCUGUAUCAGUGAAUAAAAUCUAAGCCAAUAGUUUUCCUUACCUUAAAAUGCGUAGUGCCUAAGGGAAAUUAAUUGGUGCACCAAAAUGGGCACAUGACUAUUCUUGCUUUCCCUUCAUUAAGGUAUUCCUAGAUUAAUAUUUUUAAUGGAUAUAAUUACUUGAGUUCAGAGCUGAAAGAGGAAAAUCUGUUUGGGAAGUGAUACUUCUGAAUUGAACUGCAUAAUGCAGGUUAUGCAAUUUUAAAAAGAUCCUGUUAAGACGAGGUAGUUAAAAUCCUGGUGCAGCCUUGUUGUGUGUGACAUGGCACUGAGCCAAGUAAAACAAAAUCAAGAGUUGUCUGACUAUAAAGAUAACCACCUUUAUUAACAUUGCUAAGAUUCCUCGUUGGUGAGCAAUCUACAUUUUUCAAAUACUGUAUGUGGAUUAAAUUGUACAGUUGUAAUAUUUUAAAUAAGCCUAGUUAAUCUGUUGUUUGAAGGGAAGAAGAGGUGGAAUAGGUGUAUCUGUAAUAUUCAUUUUCAAGCAUUAGAAUACAUUUCUACUCUUGGCUGUAAAUAUUGGAGCAAUUGCUAGUGGUUGGCGUAUCUUAACUCUGACCAUAGGAGACGAUUUGUCAGAAGGGAGAUUCAUUUCACCUUAGUUUUGUAUACCCAUUAGUUCCAAAAUAAGUGCACCAGCUAUAAAUCACUAUAAUAUUUUGUCACAAAGGUUCUAAGCUUAUCAGGUAAGUCAUUUUUUUAAAAGUAGGAGCACAAAAGGAUAAAUGCAAUUUUAUUUUUACACACCCCUUUAAAAAGUCUUGUAAAUGUGUGGCUUUGUUCCCUUGUUUUAAGUUCUUAGUUCUUAUAUGAGGGGAACAAAAUAGAUAUUAAUAUGAAGCCCUUGGUGGAAAACUACCCAAUUUUGCCAAUAAGCUCAUUCUGGCUUCCAAGCAGGUAUUGUUGAAUGUAAUUUAAUACUAGAUGUGUAGUGCCAUCUUAACUAAAAAAAUAAACCUCCCUCCCCAAAGAAAAGAAAAACAAUGGCUUUAAGUUAAAAUAUUCUCUCAUAGCAGUCCUAUGCUGGCAAUAGAUAAAUUGGGGGGAAGGAGAGAUUAUUUUUUUUAAGUUAACAGCAGAAGAAUGUCUAGUUUGUAAAUUUGGGGUAGGAAUGAAAGGGAAAGAGAACCAAUUUUCACUAAGACUUGGUGCCCUUGUCAGUACCCCAAAGCACACAAGUUGCCUCAAUUUGAUGCAUUUCAGAUGAACUGUUAAAACUGGAGUAUCAAUCAUAUAUUAUAUAUGGUUAAAAUGUAGAUUGCAUUGGCUCGAGUCCAUUUUCAGCUGCCAUAGAACAACUGCUCAUUUGACAGACAAUUAGUAGAAUUUUGGAAACACUUUGACACUUUUUGAACAGGGUGGACUUAAUUGAUUUGUGCAGUGUUGUCUGCAGUAGCUGCUCUAGUUGCUGGAACACAAACUAGAAACCCAUUUCCUGUUUGCUGAUUUCAGGUGAUCUGGAUUCAGCUGUGUAUGUGUGUAUGUGUGGUAUGAAUGCGUGUGCGUGAAACAAACAGUCAUGGAACCAACUGUUCUAGGUACAUGUCAUGUUUUACUGCAUACUUUAAGUCAUGUUGUGUGUAUGUGAAGUGUCCUCUAACUUUAAGAUUUUGGUUAAUACCAAUAUAUUUUUAUAAAUUUGAAAUUCAAUGUGCCCCAUCUUUUAAGUGUUUCAUUGUUAGGAUAAAUGUACUAGAUUUAAUUCUUAACACUUCUCGGCACAGAUGGAAAAAGUUAUCGGCUCCUUGAAAAUAUAUGAGGAAGAAACAGAUCCUCAAAGCAUGUGUGUACUUACAAACCAAGCUGUAGAGAUCAAGAAAAGAACUUUUAUUGUUCUCAAAUUUCUAAAUUGUCAAGAUUUAUAUGGAGUUGUGGUGGAACUAGUUAACACUUAGAGCUUUUGGUAUGUAAUGACUAUUUGCUAUGGACUGAUAUUAAAUGUUUCAAAGGA